AUGGGAUGGGCAGGCGGGGCCCGACACGGGUCCCUGGGACUGAAGGGUGGGCGGGGCCCACACGUGUCCCGGGAUGGGUGGGCGUGGCCCGCUACGGGUCCUGGGACGGGAUGGCAGGGCCUGCCACGUAUCCCGGGAUGGGCAGAGGGGCCUGCCACAGGUCCCAGGACGGGUGGGCAAGGCCAGCCACGGGUCCUGGGACAGGUGGGCAGGGCUCCCCACAGGUCUCGGGACAGGUGGGCGAGGCCUGUUAUGUGUCCCGAGACGAGCGGGUGGGGCCUGCCAUGGGUCCCAGGGCGGGGCGGGCAAGGCCCGCCACACAUCCUGGGACAGGCAGGUGAGGCCCGCCAUGGGUCCCGGGACGGGCUGGCAGUUCCCUCCACAUGGCCCAGGAUGGGCGGGCCAGGCCCGCCAUGUUUCCUGGGAUGGGCAGGCGUGGCCCGCCACGGGUCCGGAGACGGGCGGGUGAAGCCAGCCAUGAGUACCGGGAUUGGUGCGCAGGGCCCGCCACGGGUCUCAGGACGGGCGGGCGGUGCCUGCAAUGGGUCCUAG